ACUGACUACGUAACCAAAGACAAACUUUGUUUACAUACAUCACCCGCCACCGCUCCGAACGGUAGUUUGUUACAGGAUCAGAGAAACACAUCUCAAGUUGUUAAUAUCACGUGUCAGUUGGCAAGCUACAGUAGCUACUGCACUUAAUGAUAUUGGCCCCAGAAAUUUCUAGCCUAAGGUUUAAAGUGCAGACCUUUUGAAGCUUACGGCAGGCCUAGCUAGCCAUGUCGACCGCUGCGGCCUCAGCAUCAGCCUCCGCCUCUAAUCGUGGCGGAAUCCCCCUGACCAGACGUGAACCAGACGUUUUAGAGCAGAAGGCCAAAAGGAUUUCAGAACUCUUUGCAACGCUGACGGAGUCGCCUGUAACGACAAAGGGCCUUAAUAAUGAAAAGGAUGUUCAGGAUGACUCCCCUCGAAAGAAACUCCCAAGAAGUUUGGAUGAAUUUUAUAAUCGUGUAGAUUCUUUUGAGCCUGGUCUAUGGGCUGUUGAUCAAAUAAGUCCUUUGGAAUGUGCCAGCUGGGGCUGGAAACUAAUGGAACAAGACGUCUUACAGUGUGUGUCAUGUCAAGAAGUUAUUUGGGCAAUGUUACCUAGCAAGAAAUCCAAAGUACUUCAUGACAAUUUUAUUAAUCUCCUGAAAAAUCGUCUAGAGACCAGCCACAAGGAUGCAUGUGGAUGGUUGUAUAACCCCUGCCCCGCAGAAUUUAUGGACCCUUUGGUGAUUAAUGGGGAACAGUUGAGGAAUAUGAAGAACUCUGUGCAGACUUUAGCUGCUUUGAAUUCGGCAUUGCCUUUUGUGAAUAUCAAGAGACUUUCAGCUAUUUUGGCUACCAACUGCGAGCACCCCGGCUGUAACGCCGUGUUGCAGGACCCCUGCGGGCACGAGGUCUGCAGGACUCAUGCUCCCUGCUCCACCAGCCAUGGCGAUCUGCAGGUCUGGCUCCAUGAAGCUUGUUCGAUCUGCUACGAGCUUGUGAGUCAGUUUUUGGAUGGGGGCUUUACGGGGGCGGAGCUCCCGUAUAGUGCACCCGACGCCUCUGUGGUUCCCAAGGUGAAAGGCCACAGGGCACAGAAAACCCUAAGUAAGACGUCGUCGUCUAAAAAGACUUCUUCGGCGUCUUCAACUCAUAAGUCUCCAGCUUCUCACCCCAGAGCAGAGAAAGUGAAAGCAUCCUCUUCUUCGGCUUCACUUCCUAAAGGGUCGAGGAGCAAGUCCUCCAAAGAGAGAUCCCGUACUCCGGCGGAGUCGGUGGUCUCUCCGUCCUCUAAGGUAGUUCCUUUGGGUACCCCAUCUGCUUCUGCGCCAGUACCUGGCUUUGAUCCUGCUGCAUUUUCCGCCGGAAUGAUGCAGCAGGUGGGAGAUCUAGUAGGAUCUUUGAGAUCCAGUAUGGAGCAGAUGUUUACCCAGCUGUCGGACAGGAUGUCCCCGCAAGAGGAGAACCUGUCAGGCUUCAAUCAGGCUCCGCAAGCUGCUACUCCAGCACCUAGUGCCGGUCUCCUCCAGCUCCCUCCACAUGAUUCCCUCUCACCAUUCUCCAUGAGCAACCCUUGGAGAGUAGCGUCUUUUGCUCCUUUCCAAGAUGGUCUCAUCUCCAUCCCGGAGUGUGGAACUCGAAGGAUUGAAGACUUCGAGUUCUACACUGAAAAUUUGCAGCCUCCAUUCAUUGGCUAUGCCAGGCUGACGGAGUCGGCAUUGAAUAGGGAGGACAAGAUCCCGAAGGAGACAGUUCUCUAUUCUAGGGAUCAGGCAACAGAUGAUGAAAUCACCAAAGCCCUUCUCAAGAAUGAUGAAGUGGAGGACGAAGCAAAAAUUACAGCUGUUCUUUUAGUUUUAUGUGGUUGGUAAGGUCAAGGUUCAUAUCUCAGGUGUAUGGUCUGUAGACGGAAAGUGGGGUUAUGGAGUUUUAUUACUAUAGCUGAUGAAAUUAAGAAAAAAGAACCAUCUAAAGCACAGAUUACACCUACUUCAAGGAAGAGGAAGUUAUCUGAGCCAAGUAUUAAUUCCACAGAGGAGGUGGAUGAUAACCAAAGAGUGUUAAGGCAGUCGCCGAGGCUGAAAAAUCAAGAACCUAAAGAUUGGCCAACACCAAAGAGAAUGCGGACAAGAAGCAAAGAAGAGAAGAAAGAUGAUGCCAGUAGUCCACAAAAACCUGAAGAAAAACCAGAAUGUCUUCUUAUAACUUCCCCAACAACUCAAAUUGAAAAGGUAGAAAAGAGGUAUUUCAUCCCAUUAGAUGAACAUAGAUUCUGGUGUCCAUGGAUCGCUAAAGUUGACCAUCAUGAUGAGGAUGAUGAUGAUGAUGAUGAUCCUCUAAAAGGAUUCUGUAUUGUUGUUGAACAAAUCCGUGAACUGUUGCAGGUGUCACAACAACGAAAAUCAUACGCUCAUGAGAAAUAUGCUGAAAAUGUCGAAGGAUUGCGAAUAAUUCGGAACCUGUUGGAUGAAGUUACAAGUGAGUGAAAAUAGCUGUUAUUUAUAUAUGUUGUAAUUUCUUGGCCUAUUGUUCCAGUUCCUGGCAUUUUCCAAGAAAUGUUUCCAUGAUUACUGUCAUUUUGUACUCUUGCAGUUUUUUAUGGAUCAGAAUGAUAUAGCUUACAUUAUCCUAAUGUUUCCUUUUUGUCAUGGUGCAGUAAUUUAUAACCCUUUUAUGUUGUUCAAAAACUAUCAGUGAAAAAUAAAGAAAUUUCUAUUCAUGGAUAACUUCAA